UAUAUUUCCCAAAUUCCAAAUGUCAUGUGUUCGGCUUAAACGUCAAUUUCCCCCACAAGUAACAAAUACACCUCGAAAUUUUUGAAAAUUGCUUCCAAGAUCGAAGAUGACCCAUGAACCGCAGAAGCCCGUCAAGCCGGCAGCCAAGGAGCGUCCGGCUGUGAGCGAGGAGACGAGAACCACGGACAAGUGCCUGGCGGACUUUUGCAUGAAAGGCGGAAGUGGCCUGAUCGUCGGCUGCGCCUUCACCUUGUUCUUCACGCGACCACAAACCUAUCCCAUUUGGCUGGGACUGGGCAUCGGAAUGGGCGUGGCCUACGACUGCUGCCAGAGCCGCUGGAAUCAGCAGUGAAUCAUCAGCAAUAACUGCGGGCUUCAACUUAGAAACGGGGUUUCUGCUACUGUGGCAUGGUGUUUUUGUAAACUUUUUAACUAUCCUCGGCAAUUUCCCCUCUUAAUUACUUGUAUUACAUUAAACUGUACACAAUCCGAA